AUGGUUCCUUUAAGAUGUGAAAGCAAGCAGAUGAUCCCGGUAACACGUGUCACUGCUGUAUUGUCAUCAUCAACCGGUUUGGACUGGAACUGCCUUUUUCCUGGUCCCAUCUGCAGUGCUUGUGUUGUGAACUUCGGGGCCAGACCUGUGACCAUCUUCAGUGGGGUCAUGGUCUCUGGAGGACUUAUGCUUAGCGCUUUUGCACCCAAUGUUCAGUUUCUCAUAUUUUCCUAUGGGAUUGUUGUUGGACUAGGCUGUGGACUUGUUUAUGCUGCUACUGUAACCAUCACAUGCCAGUAUUUUGACAAGAGACGCGGUCUUGCUCUUGGCAUCAUUACAACAGGUACGAGUAUUGGAGGUUUUCUCUACGCUACUGUGCAGAACGAGUUCAUUGCACUCUUUGGACUCGACGGCUGUCUUUUGCUUAUUGGCUGCUUUGCACUAAACAUCAUCGCCUGUGCUGGACUCAUGAGACCGCUGCACCUGCCGGCCUACUACCUGAAACAGAGAGCAGUGCUGGCCGGGAAGGCCGAUGAGAAGGUUCUGGAAAAGGCCCCUGUCGUGGAGGACCCAAUCAAGAAAAAUCAGUCCGUCAACGUACUAAUCACAGGGGAGACGAAAGAGCCUCCACCGUAUGAGAAGAGCCUCCUGAGCUACGCGGCGUUGGUGCGGCUCAUGAAGAAGAAGCAGAAGGAGUACUCUGAAUACUUGCACAAGACGGCGGAGCUGCUUCAAAACAGGGUCUACUUGGCCACGUGCGUGUCUUUGUUCGCGUAUUGCUUGGGAGCGUACACUCCUCUUCUCUUCCUGGAGGAUUUGGCCCAGACCGAGGGUCUGAUCAGCGGCAUCAGCACCAUCCCGCUGGUCUCCAUCAUGUCCAUUGCUGCUGGAGUGGGGAAGCUGCUGUUGGGCGUCAUGAUGGACAUCCGCUGGAUGAACAGCAUCUUUCUGUACACCUUCACUCUGCUGGGAACAGGGGUGGCUCUUCUCAUAAUCCCCGUCACCAAGAACUACGCUGGGCUGCGGGUCAUCUCAGCGCUGCUUGGGUUUUUUUCUGGAAACUGGUCUGUCAUACCCUACGUGACCACUAAAGUUGUGGGAAUGGAUCGUCUGACUGAGGCAUAUGGCAUCUUGAUGUUCUUUGGUGGAUUUAGUAUAAUGCUCGGACCACCAGUCGCAGGCUGGAUUUACGACUGGAUGCACUCCUACGACCUGGCGUUCUACUUCAGCGGGAGCUUCGUGCUGCUGGGAGGAGCUGGCCUUUUCCUCGCUGCCGUGUGCUGUAGGAACAACAACCAAGAGGAAACCAGCACGCCAGACACAGAAUGCAUUAACGACUAUGACAAAGUACCAACGGUUGCCUGAAGCACGACUACAAGAUUAACUGCUGUCCAGCAGAUGAAUUCCCACACUCCGUAAUUACAAAUAACUGAAGCGUACUUUACACUGAACAUAUCAGAUCAGUGUUUUUACUCAGCACGUUACACUGAAGAACUCUUAGCAAAUGAUUAAAGGACUGUCCUUAGGCUUGUUAUUUGUGGCCUUGCUUUAGGAGGCUCUGGAUCUGCAUUCACAAUUCCUAGGGUUCCUUUUAGAUUCAUUUUGUUUACUGUACGGAUGGUAUUGAAAUAUAUGGAGAUGGUGGAGUCCUCAGUGCCAUGUGUCAUCAGUCUUAGAGAAACAAUGUUUUCAAGCAUCAAGUUUUAUGAGAUAGCUGUAUUGUUUUUUGUAUAGACGUGGAAGACUUUACACCACAACACUACACUGCAAAUAAAUGUCAUUUUUGUAACGAUUUCACAAUCUGAGAACCGUUCUGCAGUAUUUGGACGGGUGAUAAUGUCUUGUGUUGUACCAAAGUUUGGUUGUUGUUGGUUUAUUUAUUGUAUUUGAUUUGUGUCUGUAAAAGCUGUUUGUAAAAGGUUCAGGCAGACAGCACUAUGUUUAUGCCUUAUGCCUUGUUUUCUAUGCCUUGUUAUGAAAAAUAUUGGAUUUUCUUAGUGAUACAGACUGUAGUCUGUAGUUAAUUUAAAACCACAUGCUAUUAAGCAAUAUGUAUCUGUGAAAUUGCUGUCAGGUCAUCUUUCUAACAGUUUUUUUGAAAUACCAGCUUAUAUUGAUUGUUUUACACAUUUUGCUAUAGACUGCGUAUAUUUGUAUUUGUACUGCUUUCUGUUUGUUUCACUUUUUUCAACCUUGGCAAGACAUUGUUACUUGAAAUACAUUUUUUAUUAUAUUAAUAUUCGACAGUGAAAAGUGGAAUGGGAGA